UCCGUGUUUGUCAAGUGUUCAUGAGAUGGAUUGCUUGAGGGAAGAAACUGUUCCUGUGUCUGGUCGUUCUGGUGUUCAGAGCUCUGUAGCGUCGACCGGAUGGCAACAGUUCAAAGAGGGAGUGUGUAUCGUUCGUUGGUGUGAACGCAAAUACAGUUAUUGUUAUAGUUAUCUUUAUAGGUAUUGAUCUUGAUGUGAACGGGCCUUUAGGCUUGUCAGUAAACUCCUACUGUUAUUAUUGGCUAAUGUUAUUGCGUAGGAAACAGUAUCAACGCCCACUUGCUUUUGCACUUAAGUAAGUGUUUUGAAAACAUUAUCCAUGUAAACCUGCCAUUUACCAACAAAGCAUUAUGAAAUCAUUUAUUUGCGGUUUCCGACGUAGCUGCUGUUAGAUCUAAUACAGUUGGCUGCUUUGUCUUUAAACAAAAGUUUCUUUGCAAACUCUCCAUCAUUACACUGUGCCUCAUUCACAAAAUAAUCUACAGUCAAAUGCUCCAAACAAACAUAUAAUCCUCUGAUGCGAUCUGGGACACCAUUAAAAAUGAACCAUUUAGUUGUUCCUGAUGCUGGUAUCCUUCUGAAGUAAACUGGACUCGUCAAAGCGAACGUACCUUUACGCUUCAAUUAACUCUUCCAUUUGUCCUCUUGUCGGCGGACUUAAGCACGUGGAAUACGUCAGAAAGUAAACGGCCGUCUGUAUACUGUAUCCAGUGUAGACAGCGUCAGUGAUUACGCUGGGUUCUGUUUGCUUUUGAUGCGAUACAGUGCUCAAAUCAGGUGUAUGUCACGAAUGAAUACCAGUGGGCGGGGCCUAUGGUGAGACGAUGCACCCGAGUUGACCGACAUGAAUUAGUGGUUGGGGCCACCAUUAAAAAAAAAGAGAUGCCUAAUCAUGACUAAAUGCCAGUGGGAGGGGCCUAUGGUGAUGAUGCAAAACUAUUUGUUGAUGUCUUGCUCUGGAGGUCACAUGCAAACGUAUUUGCCCAUGUGACGUCACAAAUCCCACAAUAUCCAAAAAAGCCAUUUUUGCAGCUUGAUUAAAUAAAUGCUUUGUUGAUAAUGAGGAUGAUAAUUUUAAGCUAUGAAACUUGGAUGUUUUAAUGGUAAAGACCUCUUAUAUGUCAAGAGAUCACAGCAAAUUUGGUUGCUCAUGUCAUGACCCCAAAGUGUUUUUAUAGAUUAUAGAGCAUUAUUAGGAUAAUGGUAUUUUCAAAAUGCCUCUGACCUUGUGCUUUCAUUGCCUUAAUCCAACAUGAAAAGACGUUGAUUUCAAGUCGACUUUAAAAACAUCUUAACAAUCAUGUGUACAGUCAGUGUAAUUUUUGUUUGAUAUUAUGACAUACGCCUAUAAUUUGGGGGGAAAUUUUGGGGAGAUUUUAAAGCUAUACAAAACAGAAAAACAUAUAAAAAUGAGUGAGUUUAUGCUUAAAACAAUAACUAAAUAAAUAAAUAAACAAUUAAAGAGAAAACAAGAUUAUUUUUCUUAACCCCAUUGGCAGAUUUUUUUUAAGCAUAAACUCAAAAUUUUAAUACAAUUUUUCCGAAAACAAGACUUAACAUAAUAUCAUGUCAGUUUGCUUCUCAAAUAAAGGUAUCUUGAUUUAAGAAUGUUUUGAAAGAAAAUCCUUUUGCCAUGUAUUACAUAUCAAGUUCUCUCACAGAUAUCUUAUUGUGCAACAGUCAAAACAUUUUUUUGUUGUUUGUAAUGCCACAUUUUCACAGGCCACUAUUGUUAUGAAAUAGGUGUGUAUCCAUCGUUAUUCUGUAAACCUCUCCCUCUUUUUGCUUUUUAACCUGUUUGUUCAGUCACCAGAGGGUAAGGCCUAUAGUAAAAAAGUUUUAACACUAGUUCUAACACUAACAGAGCUGCUUGUCAUCGCAACAAAGCCAUUCAACAAUGCAAGUGCCGUGGAACUUCAGAUUUGGGAUAGUCAUUCUUGGAGACUCGGCUGUAGGGAAAUCAUCUUUUCUGCAUCGCUUCACUGAAGGAACGUUUGAUGAAUCCCGUCAGUCUCCACUGGGAAUUGAUUUCAAGGUGCAUAACAUGAACUUUGACCCUGAUGUUGUGAUCAAACUCCUUCUGUGGGACACUGCAGGCCAGGAAAGAUUUAGGUCCAUCUGUAAGUCUUACAUGAGGAAUUCUGUGGGCUGCAUUCUGAUGUUUGAUGUCUCUCAGCGACAGACGUUUGAUCGUGUUUGCAGCUGGCAUCAGGAAGUCCUGGACUAUGUGAAACCAAACCCCAUGUUCUUCUUGCUUGUGGGUCAUAAGUGUGACCUGGCUGUGGGACGACAGGUCCGGAAGAGUGAAGGAGAAGCGCUGGCUAAAAAACUCAACAUGGUGGCUUAUCUUGAAGUGUCUACAAAGGAGAACAUUAACGUCAGCGAAGCGUUUGAGACCUUGACCAGAGGGAUAUAUAACCUCUUCAAGGAAGGCAAAAUACCCACCCGAGAUGACUGGCAGGGGUUAACGGUUGGGGCCGCCAUUAAAAAAGAGACAUCGGAGAGUAAAAAGUCUGCCUGCUGCAACUGUGGAUGAAUUUAGUGUGUGUUUAAGACUCAACUGGACUUCCUGGAUAAAGGAUUUUAUUGAAAAAGAUGUUUAUUACAGUAUUUAACAUGCAUACGAAAAUAGCAUUGAACUGCAUAAAGGGCUCAUAUCAUGAUUAUAUCACAUCACACCUUAGUAUUUUUGACUUGUUUUCCAGUACAAAUAUCUAAACAUGUUGAAAUCAAGAUACAUUUACUUGAGAAACAAAAUGACAUGAUAUUAAGUCUUGCUUUCUGAAAAAUGUAUCAGAAAUAUAUAAUAGUUAAUAUUUUCUGACCCUUUUGUCAGAUAAUUUUUAAGCAUAAAUUCAUUCAUUUGAUACAUGAUACAAGUCUUAAAGGAACGACAGAAUCAUUUUAUGAAAAGCAAAAUGAAAACUGUUCUUGGUGCAAAAAGAAAAGGCAUAUCAGUGAAAAAUAAAAUAAAAUUAUAAAAAUAUGAUAUGAGCCCUUUAAGUUUCUGUGAACGACUGCAAUAUGUCACAAGGCUCUUUCUCUGUGCAUGUGUUUGUGGUUCAGUUUGUGAUAUAGAAAAAGGAAAUGGCAAUUACAAACCUGCUCAGAGGAAGUAAAACUGACUUCAUUUUUAUAAUAUUUUGUUAAGAAAAAGAAAAAAACAGCAGGUGCAGAACAUUACCAGCUUUCAUUUUAAAGACAUGCUCAUAAAAACCUGCACAUUUAUAAAAUUACAAAAUUAAUGCUUUGUAAUGAUGAUGGCUUUUCACAAAUCAUGUUUCCAUAGAAAAUGGUCUCAAAUAAUAUAGCACCAUCUAGAGGUCAUGAUAAGCAACUUCAAAUUGUAAUAGUUUCAUUUUAUACAGAACGAUUGAUUUUAUGCACAAGAGAAUUCAGACAGACUUUAUUUUAGAAUGUAAACUGAGAUCCAUUUUUUUCUUACAGUAAAAGCAUCUGACCAGUUUCACAUUAUAAGCAAUAACAAAGACAAAUUUGUUUAAUAACUUUUUUGCAGUUCAUUAGCACUUUUGAGCACUUUUUAAAUAUUGUGGUUUUUAAUAGCAUUAAAGGUGCAAUAUAGGUGAUUCUCCACUGAAACAUUUUUGUUAUCUUGGUUGAGUCAUCUCAUAUCAGGUCCGUAGCCAGCCUAUUGAAAGAGGGGGGUUCUUUUUUUCAAAAAGUGGACAUUUUUGCAGUUUUUCUCCUCCUUUUGUAUUUAAUUACGAGGUUCAAAUACUUCAUUUUGGUGACCUUUUAUGCACUAAUUUGUGCUGGAUUAGCUUUUCUGCUGGUAUCUUAACGAGCAUGCUUUUUGUUGCACCUAAAAUAUAUUUACUGCAUUGUUGUCAAAUUGCUUCCUCAUGUACCACCUUUGUCAGUCCAUACACAGUUCAUAAGUUUAAAGACCACAGUAACAACAGAAUAGAUUUAAUGAACUUUACUGAAAUAUUAAUAAUAAUUCUUCUCAUCAUCAUUUCUUGACUCUCUGUCAAUGCCUCUUUGCAUUUCCAUUGGCUCCAGUCUGCCGGUAUUGGCCAAUCACAAAAG